AUGAACUUUCCAUGGUUGAUUGGUGGAGAUUUUAAAGUCAUUAUGAAUGAUGAGGAGAAGAUUGGAGGUUUUCCAGUAUAUCCAAAUGAAUAUGAAGACUUUGCCUUUUGCAUGAAUUCUUGUGAAUUGAAUGAAGUGGGAUUUAGAGGUAGUCCUUUCACUUGGUGGAAUGGAAGAGCUGGUCAAGAUUGCAUCUUCAAAAGACUAGAUAGAAUUAUAGUCUAUCAACAACUCCAAGAUUGGUUUGGAACUUUGAACAUGGAUUACUUGUCUAGAACUGGAUCAGAUCAUGCACCAUUAUUGUUAUCAGCUGGUGAACAAGUUCAACAAUUUCAUAAGCAUUUCAGAUUUUUAAAGUUCUGGCUGGAGCAAGAUUCAUUUAUGCAAGUAGUGGAAGAUUUUUGGAAUACGACUACUUGGUUGACAAUAAGGGAAGACAUUGUUAAGAUAAAGGAGCCACUGUUUGAGGAAUUUCCUUCAGAAGAGAAUAGAAUGGUGCUUCAAAAGGCUCAGGCUGAGUUCAAGAAAUAUUUGCAUUUUGAGGAGGAAAUUUGGAGACAAAAAGCUGAAGGAGAAUGGAAAGAAGAUGAUGAUCAAAUUGCAGUAGGAGCAAUUGGCUUUUACCAGAGUCAAUUUACACAAGAAGAGACAUCUCAAGACUGUAGAUUGUUAGAUCUUAUUGCUCCUAAAGUGACACGGGAGCAAAAUUCCAUUCUAUGUGCUAUGCCAACCCUGGAAGAAUUGAAAAAUGUUGUUUUUGCAUUAUUAGGUGAUAGUGCUUGUGGACCUGGUGGAUUUUCUAGUAUCUUUUAUCAAAAGUGUUGGAAUAUAGUAGGAGCAGAUGUGUAUAAUGUAGUGAAAGCUUUGUAUGAAGGUCAGACUCUUCCUAAAUCUAUCACUCAUAUAAACUUGGUUUUACUGCCAAAGAAAUCUUUCAUUAACACUUUUUCUGAUUUAAGGCCAAUAAGUCUCAGUAACUUUAUCAACAAGGUGAUUUCUAGAGUGAUUCAUGAUAAGCUAGAAUCAGUUUUACCUUCCUUAAUCUCUGCUAAUCAAUCUGGAUUUUUAAAAGGGAGAAACAUCAUUGAGAAUGUGUUACUUACUCAAGAGUUGGUAGCUCAUAUUAGAAAGAGGGGGAAACCAGCUAAUGUGAUCAUUAAACUGGAUAUGGAAAAGGCAUAUGAUAGAUUUUCUUGGAGAUUUCUUAUUCAGGUCAUAAGGAGAAUGGGAUUUACAGAUAUAGGAGUUAAGCAAGGUGAUCCCCUAUCUCCAGCUUUGUUCAUAUUGACAGCUGAGGUCCUGUCUAUUUCUCUGAACACAUUGUUUGAUAAUAGCAUGUUUAGAGGGUAUGGGAUGCCAAAGUGGAGUGCAAAGUUGAACCAUCUUUCUUAUGCUGAUGAUACCAUAAUUUUUGCUUCUGCUAAAAAAGAAUCUUUACAAAUGAACAUGGGGGUUUUGCAUGCUUAUGAGAAGGGGUCAGGGCAGAAAAUUAAUACAGACAAGAGUGCAUUUUAUAUACAUGCAAAAGUGGCUACUGAGUUGAGUCAGGAUGUGCAUCAGAUAUCUGGUUUUCAUAGGGGUGAAUUUCCUUUUACCUAUUUGGGAUGUCCUAUCUUUCAUGCAAGGAGACAAAAAUUGUUUUAUAAGGAUAUGUUGAAGAAAGUCAGAGAUAAAUUACAAGCUUGGAAAGGAAAAUUACUUUCAUUUGGUGGAAAAGUAGUGUUGAUCACUAGUGUAUUGCAAAGUAUUCCUAUAUACUUGUUAUCUGCAAUGGUUCCACCUAAAUGUGUCAUCAAAGAGCUGCACAAGUUAUUUAACAGGUUUUUUUGGCAAACAAAGGAGGAUGGCAGAAGUAAAUGCUGGUCAGAAUGGGAGAAGAUGUGCUUUCCAAAGAAAGAAGGUGGAGUUGGCUUCAGAUCUUUGUUUGACAUCUCCAAAGCUUUAUUUGCUAAACUUUGGUGGAGGUUUAGAAAAAGUAACACAAGGUGGGUAAGUUUCAUAUGGAAUAAGUACUGCAAGAGAUUUAGACCUACUGUGGUUCAAUGGAAAGGUGGAGGAUCACAAACUUGGAAAAUGAUGUUACAAGCAAGGGAUGACAUGGAGCAUAAAAUUUGGUGGGAACCACAGAAUUGUUCUUCUUCUGUCUGGUUUGAUAAUUGGACUAAAUUAGGGGCUUUGAGUGAUUACUUACCAUCUCAAUAUCAGUUAGAUGAAUCUGUUGAUGAACUGAUGAUUGAAGAUGGAAACAAGUUCUGGGAAAUUCUUGUUAAAAGUGCAUGGGAUCUUCUCAGACAAAAAGCAACAAUUUCUCCUCAUUAUGAGAAACUCUGGAUAAAAGGAGUGUCCUAUAAGGUGUCAUUUUUCUUAUGGAGAAUAUGGUUUCAGAAAUUGCCAAUAGAUAAUGUGCUGAAGAGAAUGAGGAUAUCAAUAGUGUCAAGAUGCUGCUAUUGUCAUAUUCAGGAAGAAACAAUGGAUCAUUUAUUCAUAUUAGGUCCUUUGGCUAGCAAGAUAUGGAAAUACUUUGCAGCUGCAGCAGGUAUCAUAACUCCUUUGAUUGAAACCAUUAUACCAAGCAGCUCCAGCAUUGAUCAUGUGGCAGAUAUGGAAGAGCAGAAAUACACUGAGACAUAUAAAGCAUCAAAAGGGAAUCCAGGUCCUAGUUCUGCAGCUUUCUGUAUUAGAAAUCAUGAAGGAGAUCUGAUAUAUGCAAAAGCUAAGAGAUUGACAAACAUCACAAACCUGGUGGUAGAAGCAAUUGCUAUAGAGGAAGGAUUAGAAUAUUGUUUUGAUCAGCAGCUCUUGCCAGUAAUCUUGGAAACUGAUUCAUUGACAAUGAAGAAAGUCUUGGAUGGGAUAUGGGAAGUUCCUUGGAACAUAUCAUUGGUAGUUCAAAGGAUCCAACACAUGAAGAAAGACCAAGCAGUUCAAGUGGAGCAUGUUUUGAGAGACGGGAACUGCUUAGAAGAUUGUUUUGCUAACUUAGUUUUUGAUUUUACAGUGUCUACUGCAAACAGCACACAAGCUAAUUCUGAUCAAAUACAAAAACUGGUUGCUUCUGAUAUUGGCAUCAUCAGCAGAUUGAUUCAACUUCAUCCAUAA